GAGUACAUGCGGUGCGUGCUUGAGCGUAGUCAAGAUACAAACUGUACAUACACUUGAUCAAGUUCCCCAAAUCCAGCCCCUCAAAAUAAAGAAGCCAAUUAACGGCACAGUAAACACGAUAAAUCCGCUACGUGAAACGGAGUGAACGGAAGGCAAACGUAUACGAACCAAUCCGACAGGUCGGUCUCUUCACAGCCUCGUUUUCGUCAAAAUCGCGCAUCGUCGUCAGCCACGGACGGGCCAAUGCCAGUAAAUAAGCUUUCUAGGCCUUCACAGCCUCCCGCUUACCCCAGAUCCGAUUUUCGCACAAGUAUGUACAGACGAUAACGAGACUCAACGCUCGAAUGCAUCGCUCGUCGCUGGCCAUGAACGUUCCGGCAGUCAAUCCGCGCAGAAAGGCGCUUCUGAUCGGGAUCAACUACACGGGCUCGAGGCAUGAGCUUCACGGAUGUCAGCAGGAUGUGCGCAACAUGAUCCCUUUUCUGCAAGCGCGAGGAUUUCCGGCCCAUGAGCCAUACAUGGUUGUGUUGGCGGAUGACCGAGGCGGCAACUACUACCCAACUGCGCACAACAUCCUCGCGGCGAUGGACUGGCUGGUCUCAGAACCUGGAUAUUCUUGUUUCCUACAUUAUUCCGGCCACGGGGGCCAAGUCGUUGACCCGUACGGUGACAGACCGACGGGAUUUAAUGAUACGAUAGUCCCAGUGGAUUUUGAGAGAGCCGGACAGAUCGACAGCGGAACGUUGCAUCGGCAUCUUGUGUCUCAGCUGGCACCCGGCUGUCAGCUUCACAUUGUCUUCGACUGCUGCCACAGUGGUUCGGCAGUCGAAUUACCAUAUGUGUAUCGCAGCGACGGUGACGGCAGGGUCAGCUUGAUUGACAACUUCCGACAAGGUGUUCGCCUCAUGGAAGCAGGAUCGCAUUUGAUCCGAGGUGGGUUCAACUUCUCUAAGAUCGGAGAGGCAGCGGAGCUCUACGCUGGUGCCCAAAGCUUCUUCAAUGGCCUCAAGUACAUGAACACGGACGAGGACGGACUGGGCGAAGAGCAUUUCCACAACGAUUGGAAGGCGGAGAACAAGCGCGUGAUCAUGUUCUCGGGAUGUCGAGAUGAACAGACGAGCGCAGACGCGACCAUUGGCGGCAGCCAUGUCGGCGCGAUGAGCUGGGCGUUUUUGGAGAGCAUGAGGAGAUUCGGCAAUCAGAGUUAUCUACAGAUUUUGCAGAGCACGCGCCAACUGCUCAAAGCCUCGCGAUAUUCGCAGAUUCCUCAGAUGAGCGUUGGACAGAUGAUGGAUCUAGAUCAGCCACUAUAUCUGUAGAAGGCUUCGUCUGUACCGACAUUGCAGGGCGUAGCCU